AUUCGCGCCUAUUCGUUCCAUCUCCUGAUCUCCGUUCGAAUGCUCCAUGCCUCCAAUGGCUUCCACUUCCCUUUUCUUCCCGGCCACCGCAGCCGCCUCAGCUCGCCGCAGCUUCUCCAGCCACCGCUCCUCUCCCUCCACCGUCCCCUCGGUCCGUCUCCGCCAUGCGUCGUCCUCGCUCGUCGUCUCCGCCUCGGCUUCCUCGCCGCGGUCGCUCGACGCCCUGAUCUUCGACUGCGACGGCGUCAUACUGGAGUCGGAGCACCUCCACCGGCAGGCCUACAACGACGCCUUCGCGCACUUCGGUGUCCGCUGCCCGCCCGCGGCCGACGCGCCGCUGGACUGGGACGAGGCCUUCUACGAUGUCCUCCAGAACCGCAUCGGCGGCGGGAAGCCCAAGAUGAGAUGGUACUUUGGGGAAAAUGGGUGGCCUUCUUCAAAGAUAUUUGAGACACCGCCUUCAAGCGACUCAGAUAAGGAGAAAUUAGUUGACAUUAUUCAGGACUGGAAAACAGAGAGAUACAAAGAAAUAAUCAAAUCUGGAACUGUGGAGCCUAGACCUGGUGUUUUGCGGCUGAUGGAUGAAGUUAGGGGUGCGGGCAUCAAGCUUGCCGUUUGCUCUGCGGCAACUAAAAGUUCUGUGGUGUUGUGCCUUGAAAACCUUAUUGGACUUGAACGAUUCACUGGUCUGGACUGCUUCCUUGCCGGUGAUGAUGUUAAACAGAAGAAACCUGAUCCAUCAAUAUAUGUUACAGCAGCAAAGAAAUUAGGUGUGGAAAGCAAAAACUGCCUUGUAGUAGAAGACAGUGUCAUUGGACUACAAGCAGCAAAAGGAGCAGGCAUGUCAUGUAUAAUAACAUAUACACCUUCAACUGCUAACCAAGAUUUCAAGGAUGCCAUAGCAACCUAUCCAGACCUUAGUAAUGCGAGGCUUGAGGACCUCAAGCUACUACUCCAAGAAUCUCUCGUCACUGGAUAGUGAAGUUUCUUGCUUCCUCAAGAAAAACAUUGACUGAUUUUUUCAUGCAGAUACACCAUGGUAAAUAUUCAAAGUUUCAUAAUUAGUCAUCUUCGUUUGGCCUCCUGGCAUCUUCAGAUCAACUGAAAUAUUUGGGAACAGAGAUUAAGUGAGGACAUUCUGGUACAUUCUUUGGGAUCUCAACGUAGUUUGUAAAUAAAGGCGGAUUCAACCUUUGUUUCAGCUGAAGUGGAUGGUACAGCUGGUGAACCCAAAUGUUGAACGGUCGAUUGGAAGAUACAUAUAUACAAAACAUUAUACUUUAUUAAUCAACAGAUAUUAUGACUUAAAUCAUUGGUCAGACUGCUGUUCAGCACAUGAAUGUUUCAAAUCUACCAAGCAAGUGGUCAACCAGGCGCCCAACUGCUGCAAACCAUUUUUGAGAGAAAGUAAAAAUACAACUGUUGGAACCGGUACUGUUGUAAGUU